AUGGAUCUGGGGCUAUUCCCUUUCGCUGCGCUUCCGCUGCCUCAACUAUCACCCAAGCCUGCGGGAAUACACGAAGACGACCGAUACGAGGUAAUUGUCGUCGGCGCUGGCCCGGCAGGGCUACUCUUGACCUUUCUCCUGGCCCGAUACGGCCUAACGGCCGAAUCCGUCUUGUAUAUCGAUGCCAGGGCAACACGGGUGCAGAAUGGCCAUGCUGACGGCCUGCAACCCCGGGCGCUGGAGGUGCUUCGAUCCCUAGGACUCGCCGGGAAGAUCCUGGAUGAUGGCCGCCAUUUCCUCUCGUCAGAGGCGAAUGAAAUCGUGGGCUGUUACCACGAGGCAAACCCAUUCUCCAGCGGAUGCGGGAUCGAGUAUUCAGAAAGUAUCAUCUCAAGAAAACCUGGACUGGUUGUCUCCUCCACGUCGGAUCAACCCACAUUAGCGCCUGGAACCAGGCUACCGAAUGUCCGGGUGAAGCGUUAUGCAGAUGGUGCCUAUUGCGAUUUGCAUGAUGGUGGGUACUCACUACUCUUGAACUUCUGGUACAUAAAAUUGUUUCCUAUGCUUACAAAGUGGUCGGAAAUGUUCUCGAAUGGCCGCUUUCGGAUACUGUGCUUGACCUCGUCGGACCUGCUCAGCCCUGAUGGAACAUCGGCUCGGGCUCUACAGCGCAUAGGCGAGACGAUACUUCCUCAAUUCGCGAGCGGACUGAUCGAGCAGUUUGUUAUAUACCCUUCGGAGCAAUGUCCUCCGGACUGGGUUGCUCUUCCGCCGUCAGUCAAACGUUACUCGGAGAUGAGGUUAUAUGAUGGCUUGGCUGUGGAUGAUGCAUAUAGGCUGUAUGGGAUAGACACAGAACAAGGCGCUGUGAUUGUGCUGCGGCCGGAUGGUUACAUCGGAACGAUUGUUUCGCUUGCAGACUUGAUUGCCAUGGAGGACUACUUGAAAGGCUGUCUGACGUUCAUGCGUGAACAAUAA